AUGGGCGGGUACUACAAGAAUGCGGACAUCACAGAUGGAAGCUUGAGGAACAUCCGGCUCCCAGAGAAGAUCCGCUGCUCCAAGUGCAGCAAGUUCAAAGCACCCUCAAACUUUGCGAAGAAGAGGCUCAACAAGCUGCGCGAGAAGAUCCGCGAUAACGAUGGCCCAUUCACCGUUCAGUGCACUGUCUGCACACCCCAGCAAGUCACAGAGCUCACAUGCUACAUGUGCGGAAAGGAUAAGGGCCUGGAAGAGUUCGCAAAGGCACAGCGCAAGAAGCCCGACCAUGCCAAAUGCAACGGAUGUAUGAAGGAGCAGCUCGAGUUCGAAGCCGUGGAGGACAAGCAUACUUAUCACGGCGAAGUUCUCGGCAACUCGGACUCUGAUGACUACGACGACUCCGACGACGACGAGUACAGUGGUUUCGGCGAUAGUGCUUCAACUAUUGCAGAGUCUAGCUCUAGGACCGGCACUGGCAAUUUGAUUGGCAGCUUCGAUGACUUAUCGGUUGACGACUCGGCAUCGACGGGUACCGGCGUUGCCUGGACUCCGGUCGAAGACCGUUCCAGGGCUAGUGGUAGCAGGGCUGGUGCGAGUGCUUAUGGAGCACGCACGUCGAGCUACGCCGCUUCCGUGUCGUCGAACUCUACUGUCAAGAACGGCAGCUACUCUCCUUGGGGAGGCAGCUUCGACCCCAAGAAGUACGGUCAUCCUGGCUCUUCGGUUGCGGACUCCAUGGAGACGAACAGGCCGUCAAGCAGCAAGAGCUCUGGCUGGGCCAAGAUCAAGGCAUUCAAGCAGACCCCGACGCCGAAGCAGGAAGAGGAGGAGGACGUCUGGGGAGACGUAGACGAGGAGGAGUCCUCCAGUGAUGAAGAAGAAUCGGAUGAUGAGUACACCCUCAACAAGGGCAAGGCCCGCCAUGCUUAA